AUGCUCAAGUUUUACCUUGUGCCAAGAGCCACCUUCAAGCUCCUCAGCAAGCUUGUCUUUGCUCUCUUCCUCCCUUGCCUCAUCUUCGUCCAACUCGGCAAAUCGGUCACCCUUACUGAUGUUUUGCUUUGGUGGUUCGUGCCCGUCAGUAUCAGUACAACCUUAGGCUGUACUCUUGGUUGCAUUGUCGCAAUCAUAUGCCGCCUGCCACCCGGUUUCUUCCUUUUUACUGUGAUCAUGACUGGAUUUGGCAACACGGGGAAGCUCCCAAUUGCUGUUGUUGGAUCAGUCCGCCAUAGAGCAGACAACCCGUUCGGACCAGAUUCCCAUAGGAGGGGUGUUGUCUAUGUCUCCUUUGCGCAGUGGGUUGCAGUGAUCCGUUAUACCUUGGUCUAUCACAUGAUGGAGCCGCCUAUGCGAUACUACAAGAUAGCCUAAAAGGGGAGUGACAUGGAAGAAGAGCCCAUAUAUAACAUUAACAGACCUCUGCUUCAUGAAGCUGAAUGGCCUGGGAUGGUAGAACAUUUGAAGACACCGUUUAUUGCCAGAGUCUUUGCGAGUAUUUUGGGCUCUUCGAAGAACACUUUCCCAGACCUUGAUUUAAAUGAGGAAGGAGGUGCCGGUGCUGAGCCUAGUAGUCCAAAGGCUCUUAGGUGUUUGGCAGAGCCAAAGGUUGUUCGAUGGAUUAGAACUAUGGCCGAAGAGACUCCAAUCCAACACAUUUUGCUUCCUCCAACCAUUGCUUUUCUGGCACUUGUGGUAGGGACGGUUCCCUUAUUUAGAGAUUUUGUAUUCAGGACUGAUGCGCCUUUGGAAAUUUUGGCAGGAGCUGUGGUUUUCUCGGUGAUGCUGAUUCUUGGAGGAAUGCUUGCAGAAGGUCCUAAUGAUUCUGCUCUUGGUACCAGAACUAUGAUUGGUAUCACUGUGUCAAGGCUGUUGGUGGUUCCAGUUGUGGGGAUUGGACACAAUGCCAAGUGCUAUACUGUUGGGAGCCAUCGCUAGCUUGAGGGGUUAUGCUGUCAAGGAAGCUUCAGCACUUUUGUUCUGGCAGCACAUCUGUGCAGUAUUCUCUUUCUCAGUUUGUGUUGUUAUUUACUUCAAGUUGCUUUCCUACAUUUGAGGUUAGAAUGUUCCAAGUCUUCAGUUUGUUGAUUGCAUGGUGCACAAAUGAUGGCAGCUUUACUGAACUAGCGGAUGCUAUUUUGGGUAUUAUUCUUCCAUAAUGUAUUAAUGUUAUUAAAUUAUGAUUGAAGCUCUUGUAUACAACAUGCAUGAAGGAGUAACUCUCUGCAUGGUUUAUCUCGAGUCGACCCGAGUACUCUCGAUGUUAUUUGUGAAUUUUUGAUAUAUACUUAUUGAUUUCAUCGGACUAGUCUUAUUUUGCUUCAGCAAUACCCAAAGUAGACCUUUUCAGAGAUGAGCUUUGCCUAUGUAUUAUUCACGAUUUAUAUGGACCUGAAGCUGUAUCUGGUUCACUGAAGUUUCUGUUCCCAGCACAAUCUCUUGCUAAACAUUGUCGGGCAAAUUUAUUCUGACAUGAGCUUCAAUAAAUCUUGUGCAUUGGAAAAGCUGUGUCUGAAAAUUAUUCUAUGGUGUGGAGCUUGGAGAACUAGACUGGCUUUAGAAAUUUGAAGAUCCGCUACUUUCUUGUGGAAGCUCAGAACUUAGUGAUAAAUAUAUUGACAGAUGAACUGGUUUAUAGACAUGAAUUAUUUACCUUCAAAUUUUUAGGCAAGAAAAUUAUGAGAGGCAUUUCUUUUGAUAGAAUGUAAUACAGAUUGUAUUUUGGUUGUGUUCUUUGGAGCCUAUUGUAUGGUCAUUAGGUUUGAUUGUUAAUAUGGAUCAAAGUUUGCAUAUAUUGGUCUUUAAUGGAUCUUAGCAGUUUAUGGAUGCAUUCAUGAUAAAGAAUGCCGAAAAGAAAAGGAUUCCGCCUCUGCACAACUUUCUGCCAUCACAAGAUUGUCCUUUUGCUUAUAUUUUGUUUCUUUUUUCUUUGGGUCAACUUUAUUGUUUGAAUCAAGACAAUUUGCAGUAUAAGCUUGGGCUCAACUCUAGGUGAAAUUUAAUGCAGGAAAAGCUCAUGCAAGCUAAUAUCAAGAAUUCUUAAAACUUUUGGUUGUGAUCCUGUUCUCAUCUUAAUCAUCUAAAUCUAUGUGCAGUCUCCAAGCUGUUCAACAUGUGUCGGCAGAUGAGGAUUCUGGAGCUGCAUGGGUUGCUUUAUUUGGCUUAAAUUCUAAUGAGGGCAUUCACACAUGAUCGAGGUUUGAUCUUCCCUCCCCUGUCUCCAACUCCUCCUUGAAUGAACUUUCCCCGGAAGUUCUUAUAGCAGGGACAUAAUGAUGAGGAUGCUUGGAGAGCUGAUUGAGCAGGUGAGAGAUGAUGCUACAAAAACUAUCAAUAAAAAUAGUCUCUCUCUUGGUGGCCACAUCUUUAAACAGAUAUUCCUUGCUAUUUCUUCUUAAAAAAUAUAUAUUUUUUGAAAAAAUAAGUUUGCGAAGGAAGAAACAUGCAUUUAACUAGCAGUUGAGGUUUGUAGCUCGCCGUUCAUUUCUAUGAAGGCUACACUCCUUGUGUUGAUGCAAAGACGUUUCAAAUCUGCUUGUCUUUGUUUCAUAUGCCCUUGGUGGAACUCUUAUCUUAAUUCUCUUCUGGUUUUUCCUUUCAUUGCAUAACCUGACAUGCCAUUGAUAUUUGGCAAUAAAGGAUACGAGUUGGCCAAAGGUGGAGACUAUGUUAACACAAGACCUUAAAGUUGUAAUUCUUAUAAAUUUCAUUACGUACAUACAUAUGCCGGGGCAUUUUUGAUCCUACAAUGUGUGAUGUAACUAAAAAAUCUUUGAGAUUAUAAUAUCUGUUAGGGUUUCUAGGAA